AUGAAUUUUCUAUUGUGUCAGUAUACAAUUCUUAAUGUUUUAUUCUUUAUCAAUUUCAUUAAUACAAGUGCAGUUAGCUUCGAGUGUCAAUGUACUUGUUGUACGACAACGAUACAGACAAUAUGUGACAUAGUACAAUUCAAUUCAGUUACAAUAAUAACAGAUAAUUGUCAAAUAAAUAAAUGUCUUGAUGCUUGCCGUCAACAAUAUCCUAAUUGUGAAUUGAAUAAAGGAAUUCUUAAUGGAACAUGUCUUGAUUCUAUUCAGGUGCGUGUACUCAUCUCCCCAAUAUCAAAUAAAAUAUUGUCAACAUUAACAAGCACAAAAAUAACAACUACAUCAAGUACUCGCAGUACAACCCGAACAACUACAUCAAGUACUCGCAGUACAACUCAAAGAACUACAUCAACUACUACUACUAGCAUAAUUCCAACAACUACUACUACAGGUACAACUCGAACAACCACAUCAACUACUACAAGUACAACUCGAACAGCUACAUCACCUACUACUAGCACAACUCCAAGAACCACAUCAACUACUACUACUAG